AAGCGACAGAAAGAGAAAUCGAUUAACUUAACAUCCAGUAGUAUACGUUCUUUCUCGACGUCCGCGGCUCGUGCGUUACGAUUUCGAUCGCUUUCCGACUAGACUUUCGUGCUAACGUAUUGUACGAUAGUCGCUCGAUAUAUGCACGUACGUACAGUACAUAGGAAUGAGACCGGGAAUCUUCGUCACGGUUUUAUGUUUCUUGCCAGUUUGAAUUUUAAAUAAUUCCGAUUCGAUCGAUCGAGUGGAGGUUCUGAAAAUAUACGUGAAAGUAUUUGAACACUUGGCAUAGAAAAGUUUGGGUCAUGACGAAUAGGAUGCAGAUCUGCUGCUCUCUUGUUCAUCAGUUUCGCAACCAGUGAAUUUCUUAUUUUGUGUAAUCGUAAAAAAAAAUUGUUGAAUAGUUUCGGGUGGAUAGAUUACAUUCGUUGGGCAAUUUACACAUCCGGUUGAAUAUCAUUUUUAUCGAACAAAGUCAACGCGUAAUGUUGGGGAGAAAUUUGAACGGAAUGUAGAAAUGCGAGUCCGAAAUUGUCUAAAUAGCGAGAGAAAAAGAAAGAAAAAAAGAAAGAAAGGAAGGAAGAAAGGAAGGAAGGAAGGAAGGAAGGAAGGAACAUAUAGAGGGUGUCUCAGAUGUAGUAUACAAGAUAUGAGAGAAUAUCUAUUCUUGGACAUAAAAAAAGCAUUCGUUGCUGCAAAGCAUUCGUCGAACGAAGUCUGUUACGAAGAUGACGUCGGAAUAAUAGCAAUGCCUGGAAAUCCACAGAAAACAGUUGAGAUCUUACAAACCUACAUAAGUUCACUGAAAAAUGGUUGCUAGAGCAGAGAAUAAUGGUCAAUUAUAAUAAGUGUAAUUACAUUGUGUUCACCUUUCGUAGACUCUCUAAAGAUAACGCUUCAUAUCAAUGAAUACCGCAAACAAAAGUGAUCAAAUAUUUGGAAAUCCAUUUACACUCGAAACUAACUUGGAAACAGCGCGUACACAAAAAGAUGCAACAAGAAUUAGGAGGAAAGACGCGUAGUAGUAAACCAACCGUCGUUCGAAACUUAGUAUAGAAAACAAAUUACUAAUCUACAGAGUAUUAUCUAGGGUAUUUCUAUAUAGGGUAUCUAUAGAGAGAUAAUAAAACUAGUGUGGACGUACGGCAUCGAAUUAUGGGAUAUAGUGGCUAAAAGCCGCAUUGUUAAAGUAGAAGCUAUGCAAUCAUACUUCGUACGAUAGUGGACGCAUUUUGCUACAUACUAAAUAAAGAACUACGCAAAGAUCUUUGAAUGUCCGCUAUAAAGGAGAAAAUUCAGCGAAUAUCCGACAGAUGUAAAACAACACCAAUGAACCACCCAAACGAGCUAGCCAAAUAAACUGUACACUGGUAACGUCGUUUGAAGAUUGAAAAAGAAAUGACCGCAGCAUCUAGAGUGACGCAAGAUCAAAUAUUGAAACAUUCCAAUGCGAUUAAAAUGUAGGAAUCUACUGGGAGUUAUUAAAAAGAAAAAAAAAAAUAUGCAGCACAAAGCACGUUAUAACAACGUGUUUAAUUACGAUUGAGAGUAACCUAUAGUUAUUUGCAUUAUUUAAAUAUUAUCGACAUAUGUGAAUAUUGGUAUGAAUGCAAAUAAUUAUAUACUUAUUAUUCAAAGUUGUUGAAUAUAAGUUAUACACAUCUACAAGAAUGUUUUGAUUAAAUUUCUAAUGUUACGAAGUAGAAUGCACCGACGUAUUUUUUUUUCAGUAUUCACUUCGUGUGUUGUAUUACACAACAUACAUUCAUUUUCCAUUCAUUGUUGGAAGUUUACCGCACUAUUUAUCGACGACAAGGUCUUCAGGUGUCGUCGUAAAACAAAGCGAAAGAACUCAAGUUAUUCGAAGUUAUUAUUACUUUAGAGAUCGUUUUGAAGUUUACUUUUAUUACAUUGAAUUCUAUCUUUAAAAAACACGUCGUAUUUAAUACCUUUAGAAUAUUGAUAAAAUAUAUUUGCUACUUAAAGUAGUGAACUACCUUUCCUAGAACAUGUAAUUAUCAUAAUACAAUAUUUUUAUAAGUAUGGAAAAUCCGUAAAUAAAGUUUUAGUUUUAGUAAAUUUAUUCACCAGUAGAUAAGAUGGACCACCUCAACAGAAGUUACAUUAUUCUAUUAAAUUAAAUGGUAAUUAUCACCUUGAAAUAUGUUGUAAAAGUCAAUAUUCUGAGCAAGUAUGUUCCGUUUAAGCGGUAAUGCGCAAAUAUCUGAGAAAAUACAGUGAUACGAAAAGAUAUUUCAGACAAAAGUGGUAUGGUAUCGAGAGGGACAUGCUGAGCUUUUAUCUACUUGACCUUGUGAUGAUCGACAUUAAAAUUUUUAUAUGAAUACCUCUAUUUUUUAUUACAUAUUUUUGUAGCUGACACUCAGACGUCUUCAAAACACUAUAAACUCUUAUCUUCUGCGUCAUCCGCUAUGAAAAUACGAACUUUAAAAUUCAAUGUGCCGCCGACAUUAACGUUACACGAUGUACACCGCAGAGACAUAUAAAAACCAUUUUCACAAUUGCUGUACUGCCCAAACACAAGGUCGGAGUUUUUUAAUAUUUCCAAAACAGUCAGUCGUUUCUCAGCAGUCACUUUUAGCUGACAUCUUGUAUUGUUCUCUUAAAUUUGAAAGUUUAUAUCAUGUUAGCAGAUGGUGCGGAAGAGACAAGAUUGUAGUGUUCUGAAAACGUCUGUAUGUCACCUAUACGAAUAUGUAAUGAAAAAUGGAAAUUCCCAUUUAAAAAUGAUAAUGUCACUAUCACAACAGGAGCCAAAAUUACCGCAAGGUCAAAUACACGAGACUAUAAUAUAUCUUCCUCCAUGUCAGGCAAUUAUUGUCUGAAACAUUUUUUCCUAUCAUUGAUGUUUUUCAAAAUAUUUGUAUGGUUUGACAUAAACUGGACAUACUGUAUAUACUAAAUCAUUAUUAAAAAUAAAAUUAAUUUUUUACUAUUUUUAAAGGAAAUAUUCUUCGAUCUGCCGUAUUAAACUCCGAAGGUCGUUCACUUGUUUCUUAACAUCUUUCCGAACAAUCUUCAGCCAUAAUUUUUGAUACACGGACCGUUUAUUUUGAAAGUGACAUAAUUGGGGAUUUUCCUUUGUUUUCAGAUAUUGAAGUGUUCACGUUUCCACCGAUUGAAAAAUCCUAAUGGGACUUUCUUAGUUUGUUCACGUCUGUAUGCGUUUAAAUAGAUGUAAAUACAUUAUACAAAUAGAUCUUUGAGAAUUAACUAAA